CACACUCGCUGCAACUGGAACUGGAGCAAUUGAGCGAACCCAACAACUCAGAUAGCAACUGCUGUUGACAGCCCUCGACCGUGCACCCGAAACGCACAGCACUCAUCCAGCUUUCGACCCGUCCGACGAAAUCUGUCAACACGCACCACAGAACUUAACCUCUUACUUGCCAGGCUGUGCCCCUCCGUACUCGUUCCCCUCGACCGCAGUCGCACCGAUCCUUUGCCUGCCAGCCACGACGACGAUAUCAUCCAGUCCACAUAGGCCGAUCCCACCGCCGGCUGAGCGCUCGGCCGCCCCUCCGUCAUCCCGCAGAGCAGCGCCUGGUCAGGAAUGGUGCAUACGCGGCCUACACUUUUAAGAGCAACCUUUACAAGUCCGAUAUCACGAUAGACGCACAGCAUCGAACCCGUCUAGUGGCUGUCGCUCUUCCGCGAUGCCUCCUCCACCCAUCAACAGGUUCCCCAGCGGACCUUCGCCCUACCAUCAGCAGUUUCCUACACACGGCCAGCACACGGCAAGCCAUCCUCCGCAGCUGACAGGAAACCCCGCCUACCUCAACCAGAACGCCCAAGUGAACCCCUUUUCGGCAAAUAGCAACCUAUUAGGCCUCGGCGGGGGACUAAAUGCUGGUGGUGGCGGCUUCAACGUGGGGGGAGACUCGGGGCUGGCAAGCCAUGCUGCGAGGAUGGGAUUCCAGCACGGGGCCCAACUGCAGCAACAACAGCAGUCCCAACAACAACAACAUCAGCAGCAGCAGGCCCAGCAACAGACGGCCCAACACUCACAACAUGCCCAGCAUGCCCAGCACCAACAGCACAUGCAACACGCACCACAACAGGGUCACGGUGCCCUUGCCGACCAUGUCACGCGAUCGCAGAGCAAGAGCCGGAUACGAGAGGUGUGGAGGCACAACUUGCACGAGGAGAUGGCCAUACUGAGAGACUUGGUGGACAAGUAUCCGUAUAUUGCUAUGGACACCGAGUUUCCCGGCGUUGUGUCGAGACCGAUGGGAGGUUUUAGGGGAAAGAGUGAUUACCAUUACCAAUGUCUCAGGACCAACGUCGACAUGUUGAAGGUCAUCCAGAUUGGCAUCGCCCUAUUCAACGAAGACGGCGAGCAACCCCCUGCGCGACCAAACUCGACUGAUGCUAUGGAUCUCGCAGGGAAAAGGGCGGCCAAUCAACAGGGGCCGUUUCCCUUUGCGUGGCAGUUCAACUUCAAAUUCUCUCUUAAGGAGGACAUGUUUAACCAGACCUCGAUCGAGUCUCUGCAGCAAGCCGGUAUCGACUUCAGCCUACUUGAGCGGGAUGGCAUCGACCCCAAGGAAUUCGCCGCGCUGCUUAUCCCAUCCGGCUUAGUGUGUUUUGAAGACGUGCGCUGGAUCAGCUUCCACGGCGGCUACGACUUUGGCUAUCUUACAAAACUUUUGAUCUGUUCUCAGCUUCCGAACGACGAGGUUGAGUUUGACCAGAUCAUGAAGCUUUACUUCCCUUCGACGUACGACGUUAAGCAUCUCAUGAAACACGCUAUCAAGCAGUACAACACCGGUGCGCUGACUCCCAAUGACCCGGGUGCGGCCGAGAUCCUCCAAAAGUUCGAGCAGAAAUCAGGCCUAGAACACAUCGCCGACACUCUCAAGGUUAAGCGCGUGGGUAGUGCACAUCAGGCGGGCAGUGACAGCCUUAUUACUGGCAAGGUCUUCUUCGAGCUACGGAAGCGCAUCUUCAACGGAGAUAUUGGUGGCGAGCACGUCGGCAAGGUCUGGGGUCUCGGCAUCCCCGAUUUCUCCGUGGUUGCCAGCCUCCCCACUCUUAACACGGCAGCCGCGACUGCUAGCAAUAACAACACUAACAACACCAACACCGAGAGCUCAGCGACUGGGCAGCAGGCAAACGGUGCGCAGAACGGAACGCCCAGCACGCCCAACGGUGCUCCGGUAAACCUCGCCGGCGCGCUCGCGGCUGCAGGUGCCAACGCGGCUCAAGCGGCCGUUGCUGCGCAAGCUGCUGCCGCCGCCUCGCACAACACCAACGGCGGUGCGGCGGCGCUGGGCAACCUCGGACCGAUGACGCCCGGCGGUGGAGGUGGCGUGUUCGGCCAGUUCGCGUUCGGCUCCAACAACAACACCAACAGCAGCAGCAACCGAGGCUAGAAACAUCCGGGGGCAGGCUCUAAUAUGACGGUGGUUGGAGGUGGUGGACGAGUGCAAACAACAACAAGCGUCUCUUAGUGGGACAUGCUACUGGUCCUUUUCUUCCUCUUCUUCCUCCUCGUCCUCCUGGGUUGGUACAACAUCUAUAUUCUCAUUUAACCUGUGCCGGUGCCUCCAGCGCCAGCGCUGGUAUGGGACCCAGUCCACCGACGUUACAUACCCGAAGAGGAGUAGUUGAUGAUGUUGAGUGUGCGAGGGGUGUCUAAGGGCGGGAUGUGGUGUAUGUGUGUGUGUGUGGAUAGAAGGGAUGCGAUGCGAUAUGCAUGGGUCAAAGGAGUUUGAAACGUGCUGCUGGCUUGUGUGUUAUUUCUGUCCCCCUUCCUAACCUUUUUUUUUUUUUUGCGCUCCAUUUUUUUUUCUUGGUCAAAAUUUUUAUAUCUUCGGGGUCUUCCUUCCUACUACAUGCUUUUAUCAGUUAUCAUCGUUGAUAUAUCCGUGAUCAAGAAUGGAGUUCGUGCUCUCUGGCUUGUUAAAGAACCUAAACACUCUCAGCGGUUUAGAGGACUUGGGGAAUAAGAAAAAAAAAAGCGAUGGACAAACAAACACCUUGUCGUUACAUGACAUAUAUGCACGGAGUCGCGUGGUUAAAGCACACUUUUCCAAGGAAGACAGCCCGCAACUGAUGGAGACAAGAAAGAAAAAAAAAAAAGAAGGGGAGGGAUUAAAAAAAUGACGGGACUUGCCAAAUUCUCCUUGGCGCCUCCUCUCUAUCCACAUCAUCACCAUACCCUAGCGGAACCGGCUAUGUUCUGGUGUUUGCCUUCGACUUUGGGUCUUUUCUUCUUUCUUUUUUGGUUGUAUACUAGUAGUCCUUUAGCGCUUACAUUACACCCGUGUGGUUUACACCUUUAUGUUGUAACUUGUUUGGCUGCAUUAUACUGGCGAAAAUGGUGUCAGGGAAGAGAAGCAAUCCAUUCACGGAGUACUUCAGUAAGUAGUUGAUACAAAAUGAGUCUUGGUUUCACCUCAUUCAUUUACUCUUUUUGAGCUUGAAGC